CCUGUCAGACCUCUCCUGCGCCUCUCUUUGUGUUCCCCGGACAGAACAUCCUGCGAACUACGCCUCCAGGCGCCCUCCUGUCGGUUCUGCCAUCUCCGUUGCGAUUGAUCCGUUGUACAGAAUUUCUGAAACCAGGCUUUAUCUAGCGCCUGGACCCACGCCUGCCAGAUUUGCAUUUCAUAGACGUCUGCGAGACAUACCAUUUCCAUUGAGAAGUCGAUUGACACAAUGGCCGAAUCCGCCCCACCUCCGAGAGAUGUCAACAACCACAUUCUCUUCGAGAUCGCCACCGAAGUCGCGAAUCGAGUCGGCGGUAUCUAUUCGGUGCUGAAGUCGAAGGCUCAGGUGACCACGGCAGAAUAUGGGUCCGCAUACACCUUGCUUGGCCCUCUCAACAGGAAAUCGGCCGCCGUCGAAGUGGAAGAACUGGAGCCCAAGGACCCUGCCCUUGUCAAGACGAUCAAGUCCAUGAACGACCGAGGCAUACAGACCAUGUACGGCCGCUGGCUGAUCGAUGGAGCGCCGCGAGUCCUGCUGUUCGAUACCAGCACCGCAUACGGAUGGCUCGACGAGUGGAAGGGCGAUUUGUGGUCCGUGGCUGGCAUACCAUCUCCGCCUAAUGAUGCUGAGACGAACGAGGCAAUCGUGUUUGGCUACUUGAUUGCUUGGUUCUUGGGAGAGUUUGUCUUCCACGAGACAAGACGCGCCGUCAUUGCCCACUUCCACGAGUGGCUUGCCGGUGUUGCUCUGCCUCUCUGCAAGAAGCGACAGAUUGACGUCACCACCAUCUUCACCACGCACGCCACCCUUCUCGGUCGCUAUCUUUGUGCCGGCUCGGUCGAUUUCUACAACAACCUGCAAAACUUUGAUGUAGAUGCCGAGGCUGGGAAACGUGGUAUCUACCACCGGUACUGCAUUGAACGUGGCGCGGCGCAUUCGGCCGAUGUUUUCACAACCGUGUCCCACAUCACCGCAUACGAGAGCGAACACCUGUUGAAGCGUAAGCCAGACGGAGUGUUGCCCAAUGGCCUCAACGUGAAGAAAUUCUCGGCUACCCACGAGUUCCAGAAUCUGCACCAGCAAGCCAAGCUGAAGAUUCAGGACUUUGUACGAGGUCACUUCUAUGGCCACAACGACUUUGAUCCCGAGAAGACUCUCUUCUUCUUCACCGCUGGUCGCUAUGAAUACCGGAAUAAGGGUGUGGAUAUGUUCAUUGAGUCACUGGCACGACUGAACCAUAAGAUGAAGAGCGCGGGAUCGGAUAUGACUGUGGUUGCAUUCAUCAUCUUGCCAGCACAGACGCAGUCACUCACCGUGGAAGCGCUGAAGGGACAGGCGGUGAUAAAAUCGCUGCACGACACCAUCAACGUCAUUGCCGGAAACAUAGCCAAGAAACUCUUCGAGAAGUCGGUUAGCUGGCACGAGGGACAGGACUCUCCUGAAAAUAUGGAGCUCUUGUCGAGUACUGACAAGAUUAUGCUCCGCCGCCGGUUGUUCGCAAUGAAGAGGGGAAAUCUGCCUCCCAUCGUCACUCAUAACAUGGUCAACGACCACGACGAUCCUGUCCUGAACCAGAUCCGACGCUGCCAGCUCUUCAACAACUCCUCGGACCGAGUCAAGAUCGUCUUCCAUCCCGAGUUCCUGAACUCUGCCAACCCCGUUCUGCCCAUUGAUUACGAUGACUUCGUCCGCGGAACUCAUCUCGGUGUCUUUCCCUCCUAUUACGAGCCUUGGGGCUACACUCCUGCCGAAUGCACCGUUAUGGGUGUUCCCAGCAUCACGACCAAUCUUUCCGGGUUUGGAUGCUACAUGGAAGAGCUGAUUGAGAAUGCUUCUGACUACGGCAUCUACAUCGUCGAUCGGCGCAUGAAGGGCGUGGAUGAGUCGGUGAACCAGUUGUGUGACUACAUGUUCGACUUCACCAAGAAGAGCAAGCGCCAACGCAUCAACCAGCGCAACCGGACUGAGCGCCUGAGCGACCUGUUGGAUUGGAAGCGUAUGGGCAUGGAGUACGUCAAGGCCCGGCAGUUGGCCCUUCGACGGGCCUAUCCGGCUGCGUAUGAGGAGGAGGAGGAGCCGGCGUUCUUCGGCUCCCACGAGGUCAAGAUUUCGCGGCCGCUGUCUGAGCCUGGAUCACCUCGUGACAGAUCCGGUAUGAUGACUCCUGGGGACUUCGCGUCACUGCAAGAAGGACGCGAGGGCCUGAGCACGGAGGACUACAUUGCGUGGAAGCUUCCUGAACCUGAAGAGGAUGAGGAGGACCACUUCCCUGUCCGCCUGAACAUCCGGACCAAGAAGAACGAAUCUGGUGCUGUGUCGCCCCGCAUCAAUGGCACUGCUGAGCCUGUGAGGGAGGCGACGGAGGCUGCGUAGUCUGAAAAUCGAUGCUGUUUCGAGCAUCUGAAAUCGUACCUACUGCAUUGGCGAGCGGUUGCAUGUCGGUGACAUCCGUUCCUCUCAAGUUGUGUAUAAGCGUGUAAUGGAUUAGUUUUGGAGUCUAUAGUUUGGUGGUGUUUCUCAAGCACAGGCGUUUGAGUGGCCUACAUAUAAUAGCUGAGUCCACUUCUCGAAAUCCGUUGUGGUGUGACGGAGUGAGAUACUUCGGUCAUCCCGAGCUAGUCUAAAUAUCGACUUUGGACGCUUUGGGAAAUAGGUAGAUAUGAUUGGGAAGUGUAGAUUGACUGUUUGAGGUGGAAGGAUGCAACAUUGCAAUGGCGUGACCACCCGGCAGUGCUUCCUUGAUAAACGGCAAA